AUGAGGGCAUAUAUACAGCCACUGGCCGUAUUAUUUGUAUUGAUUCAUGGAUUUCAGGAAUCCUAUUGCGCCGAUAUACUCAUUUACGGAUUCCAUGGAUCUAAAAGUCACGCCCAAAAUAUAGCCUACAUAGGAGCAGCUCUAAUGAAACAUGGCCACUCGGUCGAUGUACUAACAUUCUCGACAGACUUAUUCAACAACGUGUAUACGGAAUCGGGUAUACACACUUUGAAGCCAGUGGUUAUAAAUUACGUGAAUAAAGACUUUCUCGCGGAUUACUUCGACAAUGAAAUAGCCCAUGACAAGGUUUUCAGGAAAUUUCGUGAAUCGUAUGCAUCAUACUGUGACGCGGUACUCCUACACAAAUCAUAUGUUCGAGAAUCACUGAGAGACUACAACAUAGCAGUUACAGACUCUUUGUGUCGCUGUUGCCGAAUGUUAUUAAAAUACACGGGCAUUCCGUAUGUUGUUAUACAUACUGUGUCAGAUGUAGAAUACAUAGCCGAUGUGACUGCACCUAUUUCUUACUAUCCCGUUCAAUGGACGACCAUGAUGCUUACAGAUGAAAUGACGUUUUUAGCCAGAUUUCAAAACUUGUUGGCAUCAAUGAUUCCAAAUAACAUUGAUAAUGCGGCUUUCGUCACGCUGUACCACAAACACAACAUUACUCCAGAAAGACAUCCAUUUGAACAAGCAACCCUGAAUCUUCUGGUGACAGACUUUGCUGUUGCAUAUGUUCAUCCCUUAGUACCUAAUAUCAUUCCAAUUGGACUGCUGACUGCCAAACCAGCUAACACAUUGCCUUUGGAUUUGGAAGAAUUCAUGCAGAACUCUGGCGAUGAGGGCGUCAUAGUGGUAGCACUUGGAACAUUUAUAACAUUUCUUCCAAGCAAAACACUUGACAUAAUACUCUCGACAAUUGCCAGAUUUCCACACAAAAUAUUAUUCAGUUACAGUGGAACAACCCCUCGACAUGUUGGUGACAACAUAAAAAUUGUUAAAUGGUUCAACCAGAAUGAUGUUUUAGCUCACCCCAAGACGCGUUUAUUUAUAACUCAUGGCGGGUUAAGCAGUUACGGUGAAGCUAUAUAUCAUGGAGUUCCGAUGGUGUGCAUACCGCUAUUGUUUGAUCAAUUCGAUACGGCUGCUAAAAUUAAAUCUAAAGGUGUUGGUACAUAUGUCAAAAUGAAAUCACUGAAUUGUGAUAACUUGUACGAAGCCAUUGUGGAAGUGUUAUUGAAUGAAAAGUACAGUAAGAGAGCUAAUCAAUUAUCGGCUGAUGUCAAAGAUAUUCCAAGGAAUGCGUCUGAAACCGCUGUUUUCUGGAUUGAACACGUGAUCAAAUAUGGUGCCAGUCAUUUAACUGUUCAUAGGAAGCAUCUUUCUGUUACAGAAUAUUACUUGCUUGAUGUCAUUGUAGUGAUAGUUACAAUCAUGUGUAUUACAGGCUGGUCAUUACACAGACUGGUUUCCAUGUUAGUACGUGGUAUUAGGCGUUAG